AUGAAGGAAAGGGAAUCAGUGAAUGAGUAUUUUGCACGGACUCUCACCAUAGCCAACAAGAUGCGGAUUCAUAGGGAAAAGAUGGGAGAUGCAGUGGUCAUCGAAAAGAUUCUGAGAUCCAUGACUGCUAAAUAUGACUAUGUGGUAUGCUCCAUUGAAGAAUCAAAUGAUCUUGACAUCUUGUCUAUCGAUGAACUGCAAAGCAGCUUGUUGGUACACGAGCAAAGGAUGGGGAGGCACACAGUGGAUGAGCAAGCUCUAAAGGUCAUUCAUGAGAUGUAUCAAGGAGGGCGAGGUGGACGCAACAAUUUCAGAGGAAGAGGAUGA